AUGGUCCAGUUACCAUUGACCUAUCCGGAGUUGUUUUUAGCCAAGAAGAUUACUCCGCCUCGUGGUGUGCUCUUCCAUGGUCCACCUGGAACCGGUAAGACUUUGAUGGCGAGAGCUCUCGCCGCGAGCUGUAGCACAGAAACCAGAAAAGUUACCUUCUAUAUGAGGAAAGGGGCGGAUUGUCUGAGUAAAUGGGUGGGUGAGGCGGAACGCCAGCUCAGACUGUUGUUUGAGGAGGCGAAGAACAACCAGCCGAGUAUCAUUUUCUUUGACGAAAUUGAUGGCAAGACUUCCUUGAUCCACUUUAUUCAAUAUGAAGUUAAUUCGUGAACAGGACUCGCCCCCGUUAGAUCUUCAAAGCAGGACCAAAUCCAUGCGUCGAUAGUGUCAACCAUGCUCGCGUUGAUGGACGGUAUGGAUGGCAGAGGACAGGUCGUUGUAAUUGGUGCUACUAAUAGACCUGAUGCGGUGGAUCCCGCACUACGCCGCCCUGGGCGCUUUGAUCGAGAGUUCUAUUUCCCUCUCCCGUCAGUGGAUGCGAGGAAAUCUAUUCUCGACAUACAUACCAGGGGAUGGAGCCCAGCUCUGCCGGAGGCAUUGAAGGAAGGGUUGGCUUUACAGACCAAGGGCUACGGCGGCGCUGAUCUCAGGGUCAGUUGGCCGAUAUGAUAACUUUCCGGACGGGAUCUUGUGCUGACGAAUACACAGUCACUAUGCACUGAAGCGGCGCUCAACGCUGUCCAACGAACAUAUCCGCAGAUAUAUAUGACCAGCGACAAGCUCGCGCUUGACCCUACCUCCAUCCACGUCACCGCUCGCGACUUCAUGCUAGCGAUGAAAAAGGUGGUCCCGUCUUCGCAGAGGUCUUCAUCCUCCGGAACAGAUCCGCUACCACCAUUUGUUGAGCCUUUGCUGAUCGGUCCUCUUGAGCAACUGAAAAAGUGCAUGGAGGGGAUCCUCCCGGAGCGCAAGCGAUUAACUGUGUUGGAGGAGGCCAUGUAUGAGGACGACCAGGAUUCAGAUGGUGGUUUCUCACGUGAAAAUAUGAUGCAAGGUUGGUAUCUAGUUGGGCUCAAUGAAGUCGUUAGCUAAUUCGUUACCCCAGAUUUCGAUCAAGCCCGUGUUUUCCGUCCCCGGAUGUUGAUCCAUGGCGCUUCCGGAAUGGGGCAACAAUAUCUUGCAGCAGCACUAUUGAACUAUUUUGAGAAGCUGCACGUUCAAGCGUUCGAUCUAGCGACCCUGGUUGGUGAUUCUGCAAGGGUAAGUGACUCCAAUCGGGCCAUGAUUUGGUCGUUUCUAACUAGUAGAUUAGUCGGUUGAAACUGCCAUAGUGCAGUUGUUUGUCGAGGUCAAGCGGCACAAGCCGAGUAUCGUAUUCAUCCCCGAUGUGGAUACCUGGUAUAGCUCUAUUGGCCAACAAGGGUUGAUCACCUUCAAGAGUUUACUGAGAAGCAUUCCGGCAAACGAUCCUGUUCUCGUUCUUGGUGUUACAAACUCUGACCUUGAGGAUUUGGACCCCACGUUGCUGCACGAUCUUUUCGGGUUCUCCAAGAGGGAUAGAUUUAGAAUUCCGAUGCCUAAUGAGGUUUGUACAGCCUUUCUAAAUCGGUGGAAAUUCCUUACUAAUGUGAUUGUAGGAGGCGCGCCGGAAAUACUUUGAUCGGUUGAUUUCUUAUAUUCAGAAGGCUCCUACUGAAUUCCCGCCCGAUCCAUCGACAAGGAGGAAGCGAGAAUUGCCAGUUUUACCCGUUGUCCCGCCGCCGCCGCCUCGUGCGAUGACUAAAGAAGAGCGCAAGGCACAAGAAGCGAAAGACAAGCAGAUCAAGAAUUGGCUUAAGAUGAGGUUGUUUUAUGCCAUAGAUACUGUUAGGUCCAAACUUAGGCGGUUUAAAAAACCUAUACUAGAGUACGAAGUGAUUAAGCACUUAUUCGAAGAACCCGAAGCCAUCUCAGAUCUCACCGCCCAAGGACCUGCAGCUAAUUAUCAAUUGCUCUUACCCAAGGAUAUACACUCUCCGCCGAAGGUCAUUGACACUACCACCGGUAAAUCCUUUUACAAUAUGGACAUGGACGUUAUUGAAGAGAGGGUUUCGAAUGGCUAUUACUGUAGUGCCAAGCAAUUUCUGCGGGAUGUGGAGUAUAUCAGGGAUGAUUGGAUGGAAUUGGGCCACAAAGAGCACAGAAUGAAAGCCAACGAGCUCCUGACACAUCUCGAGGUCAUCGCUACCGAUAUAGAAGGAAUGGAUCAAGCGAUGGCAGCCCAGUGCGCAGAAUUAUGGGCACGCGAGCGCAAGAAGAUGGAAGAGCGUGCCGAGAAGGCCGAGCGCCAGAAGCGUGCAGAGGGGGAAGCGCGCUUGGAAGCGGAAAAGACCCGUGCUUCAUUGGAUCGUCAGAGCCUUCCCGCCGAGCACCAGAUCCAAGAUGGGUCAGACAAACCGCAGGAGAAGCAGACGACCCCCACUCAUACCGCUGGAAACGGUGGAGAUGUUGGCAUCACUGUUAGCGCAAGCGCAGUCAUUUCGACCACAUUCCCUCCGUCCAAUGGGGUUGGAGGAUACAGUCAUAUCAGCUCGAGCAUGGAAGUUCAGGCAUCCCAAGUCUCCCAGAAUGAUGACCUCACGAAUACUGGCACGGGCGCCAGCAGUCGUCAGGGUAGUCCCGCGGCGCUGCAUUCCCCCCCCUCGCAGCAUACGCAGUCCAGCGAACACGCGAGCGCCUUCCAAACCGCCAUCUCCAGCAUUCCUGCCAAUCCUUCGCAGCCAUUGGCGGCAGCGACAGCGGCAGACGGGAUCCCGCAGAUGACUUCUCAACCUGGAGCUGCACUCGGCGUAACCCCCGUCACCGGAUUCUCGGCAAUCAUGAAUUACGCCUCUACGACCACCUCUGGAAAACGCACAAGCGAUGGAACAGCAGGAUUGAACUCUCAGCCGUUUUCUAAUCCUUAUAGCAACAGCAACGGCACCCCCCGCCCCAUGAACCCACCUUUAUUCCACAACUUUGGCGGAAUAUCUACCGGCGACUCUCAACUUCCUGACACUCAAGGUACUCCUCUCCUCCUUCUCUCUAUUAUGUGACUAAUGAGCGGAAAAACACAGUAGUCCCCUCCAGCUCCUCCGACUCGGCCCCUUCACAGACCUCUACCGCCCCGCACUCCCAACCCUCCUCCCAGCCCCACCUCCAUAACCCCCCCCACCCCGCACCCCCUUUCUUCGCCCUGCCCCCUCUACAAACCACGAAAACCUGUGAUCCCGCGCUCCUGGCGAACCUGCACAACCGCCUCGUCACCGAGACGGGCAGGUACACCGUUGAGCAGCUCGAGCAAGUGAGUAGCGCUUGUAUGAGCAAAGUGUGGGAAAUGCGCGUUUGCUGGAAUCGCAACGAGAUCAUCCGGGAGGUCGGUGAGGUAUUCGAGGAGGUGGACAGUGACGUGAGGGAGGGUGGCGGUGUUGGGGACGGAAGUUUUGGGUCUGCU